AUGCCUCAGCAUUCGGAUCAGCACACAUCGACGCGACCGUUGACAUAUAUAAUCAUCCCUAUCCUCGCGCUCUUUGCCGUGUUCUCGAUAGUGAUAUUGUUCUUCUGCAUUCGCCGUCGCAGGGCUCGGGAAACUGCCAUCGAUUUGGACCGAGGCCGAGGCCGGUGGGUGAGACGAGAUGGAGUCUUGGUCUGGGUGAGGCGAGUCGGAACAUUGCGACGUAAUCCGGCGGGAGGCACUGAUUCUCACGAAGGGCUCAACGAACAGGGAGAAGCACCGCCUCCAUAUUUGGUUAGGAAGCUGUCGGCAGAUGGAGAUGCUGUCGCGGAUGGAAGACCGGUGGAGCUGAGAGAUCUGGAGGAGGGGAGAAGGCCGCCCGAGUAUAUCUCUGAGCCACCGCCGGCUGUCACGACUGAUUCGAGGAGGACAGAAGCAUAG